AGAGGAAGAAGAAGCAGGAGCAGCAGAAGGUCCCUCCCUCCCUCCCACACUCCCAGCUGCUGCCUGUCACUUCCUGCUGGGUCGUCUGCACCUCCUGCCUGACACUUUCCGGGUCUGUGGGUCGUGGCGGACACUCGGUUCAGGACAAAGCAGCAGCUCCAGUAUGAGAGUUGAAAAAGAAUCAUUGGUUCCUGUGGAAGGAGAAAUCGCACUCUGCCAAGAACAGACCUUCCUCCGUACUCUCUCACCCAGGGAGUGUUGGCGCAAUAGACCAACUCAGGAACUGUCCCGCCUGUCCGUGCAUUCUCUCAAGCAGUUGAAGGCGGACCUUGACACCAUUGUGCAAGAUGCAUCGCAGGAGUUGGUGGCCUUACUGCAGGAGCGCCAAGGACUGCAAGAGGAAGUGGACAUUCGCAGCAUCACCAUUGAACAGCUGCUCAAAUUUGCAGAGAAGCGGCAGCUGCAGCUUGGAGAACCUUUGGCAAUACAGAUGAGUGUGGUGCAGAACCGGUGUCCUAACACUGCCUCUGAAAGCAGGCUGUGCUAGGACCAAGGGUAAUAAUAAGUUCUGCUUUCAGCUGCAGUUACUUCCUCCAUAGAAAUGUUGGUAGUAACUGCAGAAAUAUUGGUAACUUACAUUCCUUAAAGACACUGGAAAAGACUUAAAUUUAAUUAUCUAAUUAUAUGGAAAGUUAAUAAUUAGUAUUUAAAAUUUUGCUGUAAAAGCAAAAAUUUAUUUGUUUUGUAACUUUUAAUUAUAUUUAUUUUUAUCUAGGUUUUCAGUUGAGUUAGGUGAGGUGAUCUUAGAUUUUAUCAACUCUUAAGGCAGCUGGCCUUUGUAUUUUUAUUUUGAAUUUUAGUAUACUCUAUUGGUAAAAUUUUGUGCGUAGGUGGUUCAAGAGAUAAUGUUUGGUAUUUACAGAAGUGAUAUAUUAUUUACUAGUAACUCAGUCAUGAAAAAAGUAAUACUUGACCAGAAGAAUGAGCAUUUUAAAUAUUAUUCAUAAUUUUACCUAAUUUAUUUUAAAGGGGAAAAGGGAGACAAAUUGAGCAGUGAAUAAGCUGAAAUGUUUUCAGUAGAAGAGAGCUUACACACACAAGUUUUUUGAAGAUCCAUGAACGGAGAAGCUUAGGGCAAGUUGAGUAGGUGGAAUGCAUUUACUUUAAAAGGACAUAUCCUUGGAAAGCAAACUGGAGAUGCAUCAUUUUUAAGUUUGGACACCUGACCUGUUAAUCCAAUAAAUCUGCAUGUUAAUACAAACUUCAAACAUGCAACAGUCAGUCACUAUGGGUUUUGAAAGUCCACUAGUGAGAAUGAUGCAUUAUCCAUUUCAUAGGCUGAUUUUGUAUAUACUAUUCUGAUCUCUACUUUUGCUUUACAGUUUUUAGCUCUUUGGACUUUGUGUGAACAGGAAAUCAUGAUAGUUGAUAUACUAAGAGGUGAGAAUAUACACAGCACUGAUACUAUUUUCAUAACAAAUGUAGUGUGUGAGCAGAAGGUACUACACAGCCAUUCACACACUCUUCACGUGCCUUGACUUCAAUGUUACUGACUGCAAGGUUGCUUCUUAGGUCUGUAAUAUAUGAAUUUCUAAGAUAUAGUCAGGACAUUUUUCCCUGCUCUCACAUGACAAUAUAAAACAAAUGGUGAGAAGUUUAAACUUUCGUGUGUGGUUAUUAUAGUGAUUCCACUGUUUCAUUUCAUAAUCUCUUAAGAUCAGUCUUGGUGUUUGUGAUAUUGACUAUACACAUGUAAAAACUAAUAUCACAUUCACUGCAGGUUAGCUUCACAUCCAGAGCUGUCUACUGCUCUGUUCAGUGUUCAUGAUUGAUUUUGAAUGGCUUCAUUGGUGUUUGGUUUGAAAAAUACCAAGUGUGGGUGGUGGAUUGUCCUUGGCAGCAGCAGGAGUAGUAAGCUAGUGAUUUGUUUUUUCAGUUUUUUUUUUUUUUUUUUUUUUUUUUGUCUGGUUGUGUCUGAUGCAUUCUUGUUUCAAGUCAAAGUUCCAUAAGACGAGACAAGCAUGCAACACAAUAACUGAGAAAUAAUAUGGUCAAUCGGUCACUGCUAAAGAUCUCUUGACCUCAAUAAUCAGGUUAGUCCACUGAUAUUUUGUAAAAAAUUGGUUUUAGUGAAAGAAGAAACUACAGUAAACCCUUGUGCACUGCAUGAGGUUUUUUAUGCAAAACACCAUGAUUGGUGAUAUAAAAAAUCUUUUGGGAAAGUUGGCCUCUAAGAACCAUAGAUGGAUGUGAAAACAUACAGCAUUUAUCUUGUCAUGGUUGGAGAAUACAGCAGAAUUGUAUUAUAGGCAAACCUCACUUUUAAAUGGGUUACAUUCUUGAGAAACUGUUUGCUAAGCAAAAUAUUGUUGUGCAAAUCCAUUAUAACAUUAGUUACAUGGAGUUUGGUUCCAGGACCCUGUUUUUACCACAAUCCACUUCUUAUAACCCUUUUAUGUUUAAUCUAAAUCACUUUUUGUGUACAAUUGUGUUGUGUUCUUUUGUGAAUACUGCUGUGAUGGUUGGAUUUUCAACCCUAUGAACCAGUCGCUCCCCUCAAGGAACUUCAAUGUCUUAUCCACUUAUCAAGUACACAAGCCACAGCCUCAGUUAGUGGAUGCAGCAAGACAACCACAUAUAGAGGAACUCCAAUAGAAAAGAACUUGUGUUUAGCAAAAGGGUUUACUGUAUGAUUUCACUGAAAGAAAUGUAUCAUUCAACAUGGUUUUAGCUAGUCUGGAACUACUUAAUCUUGUGUAUGUUAGUGAUACAAGCAGUGGUGCACCACCAGUCAGCACUGCUGCCACCCUGGUGGUGAUGGCUGGUGGGGCAAGUGUUUGAAAUCUAUUUUACUUCUAUCAUAUUUCAUGGGAAAAACUGUUCUACUAUUUGAUGACUCACCAUUUACAAUGACCUUGCCCAGAUCCAUUGUGACAAUUUAAGACAACAAAUCUAUCAUUCUGUGGCUGUAGAGCAAAGUUACCCUCCAUGGUGUAGUGGUUAGCAUGCCUAGCUACAAAUCCAUGGGCCUGAGUUUGAAUAUUGGAUUGUGCAGUCAGUGCACAGCCCACCCAGCUGUUCAUCCUGCCUUUCAGGCUGGUUGAUACAUAGGUACCUGGGGAAACCUGAGGAAGUUAAACUGUGGUAGCCCAAAUGGUGCGCUUGCCCUGCGUUCCUGGGUAAUGGGUUCUCAUCCACCGCAGGCUCAAGGGCCAAUGAGAUGGAGAUGAGUACAAGGCCCCACGCAGCUAUAACUUAUGCCCACAACUUUAUCUGUGAUUGGAGUGGGUGUCACUUGCUGGUGUGCACUGUUUGCUUGUAAGUAAUCUUAUGAUCAUCGAGUUUUAUCCUGGCAGCCUUUAACUAAAGCAAAAGAGUAAACAGUUAAUCCAUGGAAUAUGCUUGCUUGUUGAACACCAAGUUAACUGAUGAUUCAAAUACAAAAGCUCAUAAGUGACAAAAUUGACUGCAGCAGUUUGUCAUUUUUCUCAUUUCUCUCUCCAGUUCUGUUAAGAAAAAUAACAGAUUUGGGCACACUGGAAUGUUUAUCAGCCCAACAAGACUAUUUUCACAAUGAUCAGGCAAUGAAACUAAUAAUUAUGUGAUGUUACCUUUUGCUGUAAAGGUAAUGUUUAGGGCUGCCUUUCUGUAUGGGUCUGCAGCUGAUGGUGAUGUUUUCAUAGUUUAUUUAGUCUGAUUUACUUAUUUUUGACAGAUCCGGUGAUAAUAUUAUAGUGCAUGACUUUUGAUUGUGAUAUACAAAAUAGUCAUUUAAUUGUAUGGUACAUUGCUUCCUUUAGAUGUAAUUGACUUUCUCUAAAAUGGUAGGCUUUAUUUUUUUCUUAUUGUUAGAUGAUUGUCAUAGUAUUAUUGAGCCUUAUAAUGACAGCUUUAUUUCCUGCAUUACUGUUUUCACUUAGUGAGUUGCUUAAACAGUACAAACUGAACAUUUCAGUAAUAUUCUUAUGUUUUUUUAAAGUUUUGAUGAAUGCACCAUUAUUGCUUCCAGUUUAAGAUAGCACCAGUACAUGUAGAGAAAACACAAAUACCAUUGCUGAGGCAAAACUGGGCAUUAGUAGUUGAGUAACCUCUGAACCAGGUGGUUAUGAGGGAAUACAUGGGUUGUGUGUAAAAGUGCCAGUAAUUAGUAAGUAAAGUAUUAUUCAAUUUCUGUACCUUAAUUGAAGUUAAUUUAGAAUAUUUUUUAGUAUGCUCCUGUUGGUUUGGGGAUUCUUGUUAGUUUUAACUGAAAAAUACACUAAUUUCAUUUGUCAUUACAAGAUGUUUCAGGUGACCGUUGAAUGAUUUCAGUUGGGCACUUUAUAAAUCUAAAAGGGAUGGGGAGAAUGUUCAGAUCUAAUUUUUGCCCAUUAGGAGGGGCCUAAUGAAGUUAUGUAUUGAAUUGAGACAGUGUUAAAUUUCAUAAGUUUUUUUAGUUUUAGUAAUCUUACACUUCAUUUAUGCUUUGCAAUGAUUUGUUUGUGAAACAUUAUUUUCUAAUUUGGAUUUAUGCGAGGUUCUCUUUAAGUUUUGUCUGUAAUAUUCUGUCAGUUAAAUAGCACAUCCACUCUGAUACCUGUCAUUUAGAAUAUAGGAUAAAAUCAUAAAAAAAAGUUAUCAGUGUUCAUCUUGUUUGUUUCCAUGUACUAAUCAGAUUAGGGGCUUUUAAGUAUUGUUUUACAGAAGGUUACCAUAUAUCAUGGCGUGUAAGACGAGCUCUGAACCUCAAAAUAAUAGAUCCCAAAUAUGAUGACCAUAUAAUUUGGACCAUUAAUAAAUCAUGUGGUUUAAACUGGCACUAAUGAUGUUCAUAGCUGUACCCUUUCACUGGGGAGCCAGUCAUAAAGCUAAGAAGAUUAACAGCGUGUGAUGGCAACUCUCCUCAAGGUCGCCACACUGCUGCAUGUCAUCCACCGCUCUCCCAGUCACCUGAUAAGAGCCAAAACCAAAUGGUGGUUCACAGCUCGGCAAGUCUCGGUGUUAACUUCAAGACAUGAUAAUGUCAGAUGAUGUGAAAUUUGAAGGGUUUUGAAAGCAGUAUUUAUUUGAAUUAGUUUGACACAUUUUGUUGGACAUGGAUAUGGCUGUGUUGCUGUAAAACUACUUCCACCUCCACCUGUAAGCUCUCAGUGGCAUGUGCCAUUUUAGUGGUCACUUAGCAAGAAUACCUUACACUGUGUGAUAUAUGGUCAUUUUCAGAUAAUUAAUAUAUUUUAUUUUAACACGUUUCAGUUAGUUAAUUACUGGAGAAAACAUUCUUAAGCCAUAACAGUAAACCCUUUCCACUCAUGGGUGUCACAUUUUUAUACACACCAUGGUUAGUGAAAUUGUAAUUGGUGAAGGGUUUGGGGCACCUGGACUAAAGCUACAAGAGUUGAGUAUGACAACACAGUAUUUGUUCCUUUCAUCACAGAAUACUGUACACUUCUGCUGAUAUGCAAAAAUGUCAUAUUCAGCAAGUAAUCUUUGAUGUAAAUUCUCUUUACUUGAGGGGUGAUAUGCCUGUAAAAAUUCCACCACACCCUUUGGCUGGUCAAAAGAAGGGAGGAGUGUUUGAUAUGCAGAUGUCUCUCGGUGAUUAUUUUUUUUUUUUUUUUCUCCUUCAAUGGAGAUUACUGCCAGUUAGCUUAAAAAAUGAGUUUGCACAAGUCACAGACCUAUGAUAGAACAGGUGCACAUUUAAAUAACCAGGAAAAGAUAGAUAAAGUCCACAGAUGGAGGUGCUGUGUUUGGCAAGAGUUUACUGUGCAUUAUGUAGUGAUAAAAAAAUAAAAAAAUCUUGUGUAGGAAGGCUUAGAAAUGUUUUUACAAUAGUCAUUGAUUUCUAAACACUCCAACUGUCUUAAAGUAUUAAUAUACUUGAAAGGAAAUUUAACUGAUUUUAAAUGUACAGUUUGUGCAUGAAUAUGAAUUUUAGGCAGAUAUUUUAAGGGUACCAAUUUUUGCUCAAGAUGCUUAUUUUAAAUGUGUAUUAUGAAUGGAGGCUAAGCCAACAUUGUCUGAUAAUUUUAAUUGGUAAUUGGUUAACAAAACUGAGAAACUAUUAUUUAACAGAUGUCAUGCAAAUAACUUGGGCUGGGAACAAAAUUGAUAUUAGCAUCCCAACCCACUCCCAGAUAUGUAGUCUUUUAAAUGAAUCAUAUCAUAUACUUGUCAAAACAGAACUAUUAUUUGUGUAUAUAAAUCUUUGAAGUUCACAGAAAGGAAUAUUCUCCUUAGUGGUGUGUGGUUGCUGAAAGCCCUGUGAUCAUUUAUGGUGAUAUCUCUUAUGAUGCAUUGGUAAAUGUGUGCUUUGAUCUUUUUCUUCAUAUCACAUUUGGGAGAUGAGCUACAUUUUUUCCUUGCAAAGUACACCGAUUUUCAUUUAUAUGCAGUGAGCAGAGGUGCAAGUCCACACCACAAACCAACAUGUCACCUGCCAGUGUUACCAGUGUUUGAAGUAACAAUUUCUUUCUAUAGGAAAACUUGUAUUCAUGAUUAUCAAGUAACAUGUCUAAAUGUAAACAAGCCUUAUUAUGCCAUAGAGCACCACAGGGUUAAAAUUGAGAAUCUGCCCAAAAUGUGUGAAGAGCUGAAUAGCAAUAACAUGAGAAGUGAACAUUUUUUCAUGUAUUUUCUUGGAAAGUUUUCAUGUAUUUUCUUCACAUUCUACAAUGGUGAUAAAUAAAUUUUACAGUGAAACUCUU